GUGACUGCGUUUGGAUUAUUGGGAAAUUUCUUGAACGUGUUAGUCCUACGUCAUCCCUACAUGAAAGGAAUCUCGACCAAUUUCUAUCUGUUGGUUUUGUGUAUCGCUGAUAUUGUGUAUUUAAUAUUAACGUUAUCUCUCUCAUUCCACCAUUGUCGCGAUUCUCAUCAAAACUUAGCCGCCUUUUAUUUCAUCGCUUACGGACGACCUGCCACAGAUUUGGCGGGAAAUGUGGCCGUCUGGAUCACGGUUGUGUUUACUGUAGAACGUUAUCUUGGAGUCCGUCAUCCGAUUAAAGGAAAAAUAUGGUGCACUGUGGGUAAAGCGAAGAUAAUCAGUGUUUUUACUGUCUUGUUCUGUUUCAUUAAUACCUUCCCAGAAGUCUUUGAAACUAAAAUUGCUCAAAAACAAAAUGGUGGAUAUAAGUGCGUUGGGUCAGAGUUUUCUGAACAUUCGAGUUAUCAGAUUGGUUAUUACUGGUGGUUUGUGACUAUCUUUACUGUUAUUCCAUGCUCUUGUCUAUUCGUAUUUAAUGGCUUGUUAAUCAGGACUUUACUGAAACUAAGCGUUAAACGACGUGUAGAGCAACAUAAAGUCACGUUAAUGCUGGUAACUAUAGUGAUUAUAUUUCUGAUGUGUCAGUUGCCAUGGACCAUAUUAUUACUGUAUAGGACGUAUUUAUCAGAAAGAGGCUUACGUCAGCCAAUUAAUGACAUCAGAAUUGCCGGCAAUAUUUGUAAUCUUUUAGUUCAAGUGAACGCGUCAGUGAAUUUCUAUCUUUAUUCAUUUUUCAGUCGUAAAUUUCGUAAAACUACGCAAAAGAUAUUUUGUCGGAGAAAGUUCGCUGAUCAAUCU